ACACCAGCCUUCUACUUCUCAUCAGUGUGUGGGCUUCCAUGCAGGAUGGUUUGAGUCUUCCACUGGUGAAGCAGCUGGAAGCGGAGGCCAGCGAUCUUGUCCCAACACACAGAGUGAGGACCAAGCGCUGCGCCUGCAGCAACCAGCUGGACUCUGAGUGCCACUACUUCUGCCACCUGGACAUCAUCUGGGUCAACACACCCAGUAAGACAACAGUUUAUGGUCUGGGCAGUGCUCUGUCUCGCCGCAGAAGGGCUGCUAGCCGCUGUUCCUGUGCCAGCCCUGAUGAUCAUACCUGUGCCAGCUUCUGCCAUAACAGCCUUGAAAUUCCUUCCCCUGAGAAUACCAUGAAGAAACCUCGAACCAACAUGCUCAGAAUCCUUCGUGCCGUGGCCCACAUUUUAAAGAAAGUCCAUGAGACAGCUAAAUCAGGGAGAGACAAGGCUCCUGAGACCUGGGGUGAGAAUGCACGCUAAGCUGCGUGGCUCUCGGAGGCAGCAACAGAGAGAGAGGAGCAUGAGCACCUGAACAAAUGACACUCCUUUGAUAGAAAGGAGCAAAACAAAGGGCUGCUGAAAGAUGUGUCCCAUGCAGGAAGGCCAUAGCGCCACACAGCUGUCUGUUUGUACCCAGAAAUAAAGGGUGAAAAAAAAAACGACAGAGUUCUGCAGGCAGAUCAUGGAAACCAGAUGUUGAGGACUGGCAUUGAGAGGGGCGACUAUCAGGUUGGGAGAGUGGCAUGUCUGUGGUCUGGCCAACUAGUCUGUAAAAGUCGGAGCAAUUGUCUCUGUGUCACUACACACUAUUUUCAUUGGCAGGCCAUUGACAUAAAGAAUGUAACAUGGAAAAGGACACUUUACGUUUCAGAAGAAUGUCUGAUGUAACCAUUGUGUUUUACUCAUGGUUUUGUAAAAUGCUGUUAUUUUUGGUAGAUUAUGGAUAAUGUACUGUAAUUUUACAACUUAUGUAACAAUAAAAUUACUGUUGUCAUGAGAAACUCACUGUAGGGAAUGGGG